AUGGGUGACCGCAGCAACCAUCUUCGGCUAGAUGGUGGGUUUUGCUUCGAGAUACCACCCUGGCAGCAUCAGCCAGUGGAAGUGGAGGAACACCUCAAUAAAAUAAAGGAUGUUUGGGGUAAUGACACCAGGCGGCAGUUCAGGAAACCACGAUUGUCACUUGUUAAUAGCGAGAUAAACCGAUAUAUGGCAACAGUAAUUGCACCAUUCUUGGACACAUAUCAUAGAAACAUCCAGAACGCAUAUCAGCAACUCACAAAUAAGAUACUAAAGCGAAUAAAGGAGGAAAUAAAUGCGGCUUUAAGAAAGAAACAGAAGAUUUAUUCUGAGCUUAUCGAUCUGGCUAAUACACUGAAUGUACCAGAAAUGUGUGAGGAAGAACGACGAGAAGCUCGCACCCUUGCCAGCAAGCAUGUAGCCCUAACAUACAGAUGUACGGAAGAGGCUAGAGCAUCGAUUGCUAAAAUGGGGAAAUAUGCUGAAGAGAUGAUUAGCAUUACAAGGAACCACAUGCAGGCUGCUGUGGCGGAUGCUACUAAGUUUUUAAAUAAAGAUGUACCAAAAUCGAAUGUUACAUCAUGUCUCAAGGAGAUAUCUCGCGCGGCUGCCUCUCUCGGCUAUGAGCUGGACCUCAGCUUGACAAAUGCCCGACGUCACAACGGACAAUCUUGCGAAAAGCUAGCCAAUUGCUGCUCUGUUGUCAGGAGAAACACUGAUGAAGGAGUUACUGCUCUAAAGGAGUAUAUUUACCAAUGUGUAUAUGCUUAA